CUCUCUCCGGGCGGCGGCUUUGCGCCAGUCGCCGACGACGGCUACGGCGUCGCCUACGUGGCGGCGCUUAGCAACAACGUCUACUUCCACGUCUCGGCCUGGCGACACUGUCCGACAACCAGCUCGCGCAACUUCACCGACACCCUCUUUGGUGUGCUCCGCGGCCUCCGAAGUAUGAUGCUGGCGUCAGAGGCGAAUAAACCGGCUCUAGGAAUGUCUGAAGGCCAAUGA